GCACCUAAAUUCACUUGCUCUCGUGGUACCGUCGGCUCUAGAAGUGCUUCGCAAUUUUAUUGUUUAAAUAAUUGUCAUGUAAAAUAAAUAAUAAUAAUUAUUGUUAUUAUUAUUAUUAUUAAUAUUUCUGGAACAAAAGGAAAAGGAAGCGGAUGAAGAGGUAGAAAAAAAAAAAAAAAAAAAAAAAAACGGAAGUGAAUGUAAGCGACCAGAAAGAGUGUAAGUGAAGAAAAAAAAAUUACGAUCGGGAUAUUUAUUAAAUUGAGGAUCGAGGGGGAGUUUUAGUAAAAGAGAGGGGGAAGAUAGAAGAGAGAGAAGACUAGGAAAUAAUUUAAACGUGGACGCGCCCAGUCUGCUAUGAUCUGUCGGUGCGUUAAAAUAAUCCUCAGCUGUAGCGGUUAAUUUUAUUUAUUUAUUUAAUAAAUUUUUUUAUUAUUAUUAUUAAAACUUUGGUGGUGGGGGAAAAGACGAAAAUGUCCGACAGUGAGGACACUGACGGCUCGGGAGUGGUGGAAUGGCCGGUGAGCAAAGAAUGGCUGGAGAACAUCCUUAAGAUUUAUCAUAGCAGUGGAACUGAGGGAGGAGAGGGGGAAGGCCCCAAGGUCACCGUCGAGGACUUCGAAGUGAGCCCCGGGUGCGUUUCCGGCGAGAGCGUACUCAGCGACAUCCUCGCUGUGGCUGUUGACUACACCCUAGACGGGGAGGAGGUCAAGCUUAAGGUUAUUGUUAAAUUGCUGCCCCAGGAUCCGUUCAGUAGGUUUUUUGUCACUGAGGCACAAUUCGAUCUCAGGGAGAUUAAGUUUUAUACGCAGGUAGUUCCAGACUUGAAAGCGUUCCAGCAGAAGCAACUGUCAGCCUCGAGCCUUCCAGGCUUCGAGCUGCCAAUCCCGUCGUGCAUACACGCCCACUACAAGCCAGCAGGAGGAACAGAGGAGACUCCAGAACCUCCUGAAUCGUUCCUGAUCCUGGAGAACCUUCGACCUCGGGGCUACGAAGGAGCAGAAUUCUCCCGAGGGUUGACUCUGCGGCAAGCAGAGGCCGCUCUGAGCGCGAUCGCGCGACUCCACGCCCUCUCACUCUGCCUGAAGGUCAAGGAGGGGCGGCCGCUCAGUGAGAAGUACCAGUUCCUGUUCCAGACCGCCAGAGCCACGGAUUCCUACCAACAAUUGGUGGAACGCGGUCUGCCUCAACUCGCGCGGUUCCUGGAACGCCGGCCCGGUUCCGAGGCUGUUCUGGAGGCGCUGCUGGCCUUGAGACCCAAAACCAAGGAGAUAAUAGCCUCCCUCCUCGCUCCGGAGGAUCCUCUGGCCCUCAUCACGCACACGGACUUCUGGUGCAACAAUUUGCUGUUUAAGGACCUCGACGACGAGUGCAAGUGCGCCAUCUUAGACUGGCAAAUGGUCACCUACAGCCGCCCCACCAACGACAUCGCCCUCUUAUUGGUCAGUUCCGUUCCUACUGAGCUUAGGCGUCUCCACACUGCGGCGCUGCUCGACAAGUACUGGCAAACGCUUCUAGAAAGUUCUCUGCCUCUUGGCGUCGAUGUUCCGGAGGAUCUCAAGUACUCCCGGGAGGAUCUUGAUAAGGACUACAGAAGGUCACAGCUUCUAGCUCUGCUUCUUUGUAUCGGAUCGGUAGAUGUCGCUCUAGGCGACCCGCUUACCGAACAGAGACUUAUCGACCUUCUAGAAGACUUACAUACCGACGGAGUGCUCAGUCUUGAGACUGCCAAUGUUGCGUAACUUUUUUGAGGUUAUUAUGGAUGUUUUGUAACUAUUCGUUGUAAUUAAUGGGAAUUUUUUAAAUGUUAUAAAUAUAUUCAUUUUGAGCGUUUA